AUUUUAUAAUCUAGCUGCUCUCCUGCACCGGAGGUCUCGCUCUUUCCGGCUUGUAUUCUCGCAAGCAAAGAUGCCGUCUGUAACGUUAAAGGAUGUCGAUCAGCAAAAGUUUGUGAAGGCCUUCGCAGCCUUCCUCAAAAAGACUGGCAAGAUGCGCGUACCAGAGUGGGUAGAUAUUGUGAAGACGGCAAAGUUUAAGGAACUGGCACCUUAUGAUCCCGACUGGUACUACAUAAGAUGUGCUGCCUUGGUGCGUCACAUCUAUAUUCGCAGCCCAAUUGGAGUGGGUGCUGUUACUAAGAUCUUUGGUGGACGUAAACGUAACGGCACUCAUCCCAGUCAUUUCUGCCGAUCGGCGAGUGGUGUCGCACGUAAGGCAUUACAAAGCUUGGAGCAGCUGAAACUGAUUGAGAAAGCACCUGUUGGGGGACGUAAACUGACCAGUCAAGGACGCAGGGACUUGGAUCGAAUUGCCGCACAAGUUAAAGCUAAGAACAAAAAACUUAAGCUUCAAGAACUUGUAAUGUAAUAUUCUUUUAUGUUUUUGUAAUAAAACACAUUUAAAUAUU